UUGAGGAUUAUGUUUCGAGCCUGUAUCUGAUCGUUGGAUCGCAUAGCGACCCUUUACCUCAUAACGAUCGGGAUGGGGGGCAUCAAAGCUUGUGUAUCAGCAUUCGGAGUAGAUCAAUUCGAUUCCGAGGACCCCGGGGAGUCGAAAAGUCUGCCUCAUUACUUCAGUGUGUUCUUCGGCUCCGUUGAAUCCAUAUCGUGAGAGUCGAGGCGAACAGUGACCUAUUCGCCUAGACUCUCUCGUGAUAUGGAUUCAAGAGUACAAAGGCUGGAAAUGGGGCUAUUCCAUAUUGGCCAUAGUCAUGGGUGCAGCUCUUGUCCUGCUCGUAAGUGCACGGAGUUUCUUCAGGUACAGAGUUCCCAUAGGCAGUCCAUUCACUUCCGUGGCCAGAGAAACCGCAAGCUCCCCACUCAAACGGACCAGCGUUUAUUGAUCGUUACCUCUCUCUUUCUUCGAGCUCUGAAUGUGUACGCUUCUACUGCUGCCUCGUUCCUGCAAGAAGGUGAUGCUGCGGUUGCCAAUGGUGACUACACUACCGCGGUCCGUCAUUAUAGCAGUUUUAUUGAUUUGAAUCCUGCUGCAGCAAUAGGCUACUCCAAGCGGUCGGCGGUUUAUGUACAGCAAAAAACAUACAAGGAAGCCAUCUAUGACUUGGAUAAAGCUGUCGAAGUUGAUCCAGUAUUUGUUCAAGGUUAUUUGAAUAGGGGCCGCCUUUUUCGACAGAGCUGCAGAAAUCUGGACGACGGAAGAAUGGAUCUGAGAACUUUGAUCAGAAAGUCGGGAGAAGAAGUCUGGACGAGAAAGGAAUAGAAACACUAUCGACUUCUCUUUCCUUGCUUACAGUCCCGGACAGUCACA